AUGAACUCCUUCAGUCAGAGCCUGCUGGUGCUCGCCGUGGUGGCCACCUCCAGUCUGGUCCUCCUCAGCACCGCCUACCCCUCCGGAGCGCCGAAGUGCUCCUCGCUGAUUCCGAAGCACGCGAAGAACAAGGAGCAGACGGGCACUGCCCCUUACAAACUGACCACCUCGGGGGUGAGCAAGGACAAGGACGGCAAGUCGACGGUGACGGUGACGCUGUCCGGGCUGAACAAUGCCAAAUUCAAGGGCUUCAUCGUCUUCGCCACGGCGGUCGACUCCAACGACAAGAUUGGCAAGUUCACCAAGGCGGACAAGACCACUCUGGUCAGCUGCGGCUCUUCGAACGCCAUCACCCACUCGAACAACACUGACAAGAACAAGGUGACCUUCACCUGGACUGCCCCGGACAACCACAAGGGCAACGUUGAGUUCAAGGCUACCGUGGUGAAGGAGUUCAAGGAAUUUUGGAGUGGAAUCAAGUCGCCGAAG